AUGCCUUCCGUAGUCCAAGAGCCCCAUGUGCAGGGCAGAUUGCUCCUUGUGUCGAACCGGCUCCCCAUAACUAUCAAACGCUCUGACGAUGGCUCGUACGCCUUCUCUAUGUCGUCUGGAGGGCUGGUCUCUGGCCUCAGCGGAUUGUCCAAAACUACAACCUUCGUAUGGUAUGGCUGGCCGGGCCUGGAGGUUCCAGAUGCAGAAGCUGGACCUAUGAUCCAAAAGCUACAUGAUGAAUACGGUUCUGUACCGGUCUUCAUUGAUGAUGAUCUUUCGGAGCGUCAUUACAAUGGCUUUUCCAAUUCUAUCCUCUGGCCCCUCUUCCAUUAUCAUCCCGGUGAGAUUACGUUCGACGAGUCGGCAUGGGCUGCAUACAAGGAGGUCAAUCGCCUGUUCGCGAGGGCAGUGGCUAAGGACGUACAAGAUGGUGAUCUGAUCUGGGUGCACGAUUAUCACCUGAUGUUGCUGCCAGAGAUGCUGCGGGAGGAGAUUGGAACAACGAAGAAAAAUGUCAAGAUUGGUUUCUUCUUGCACACGCCAUUCCCCAGCAGUGAGAUCUACAGAAUUCUCCCAGUUAGAGAGGCUUUACUGCUUGGGGUUCUUCACAGCGACUUGAUUGGAUUUCACACAUACGACUAUGCUAGGCAUUUCCUGAGCAGCUGUUCGAGAAUAUUGGAAACACCAACUACCCCGAACGGCGUCGAGUUCAGAGGAAAAUAUGUCACCGUCGCUGCAUUCCCAAUUGGAAUUGAUCCCGAGAAAUUCGUCGAAGGCCUAGAGAUGAAAUCAGUCAAGGACCGAAUCGCUGUUUUGGAACGCAAAUUCGAGGGAGUCAAGCUUAUUGUUGGGGUUGACCGGCUUGAUUAUAUUAAGGGAGUCCCCCAAAAGCUGCACGCUCUCGAAGUCUUCCUCACGGAACACCCUGAAUGGAUCGGCAAAGUAGUUCUCGUGCAAGUGGCCGUUCCUAGCCGACAAGAUGUCGAAGAAUACCAAAAUCUUCGCGCCGUUGUCAACGAACUUGUUGGUCGAAUCAACGGCAAAUUUGGAACCAUCGAAUUCAUGCCUAUCCACUUCCUGCAUCAAUCUGUCUCUUUCGAAGAACUUACAGCGCUAUAUGCUGUUUCCGAUGCCUGCUUGGUGUCCUCAACCCGAGAUGGCAUGAACUUGGUAUCCUAUGAAUACAUUGCUACGCAAAGAAAACGGCACGGCGUCAUGAUUCUGUCCGAAUUUACAGGCGCAGCGCAAUCUCUUAACGGUGCACUCAUCGUCAACCCGUGGAACACCGAAGAACUCGCAGGCGCCAUCCACGAUGCUGUCACCAUGUCACCCGAGCAAAGAGAAAUCAACUUUAAGAAAUUGGAGAAGUAUGUUUUCAAGUAUACUAGUGCCUGGUGGGGUGAAAGUUUCGUGAGCGAACUGGUACGGAUCAGCGAGCACGCGGGGAAGAAGCACAGGAAAUUAAGCAGUGCUCUACCAGGGCUUCUUGACGGAUGA